AUGAGGUGCCAAAGUCUUGGGACAUCUGCAUCCUUGUCCCUGCAGGAGUUGCCCACAGCGGAGCUUCUAGCCGCUGUGCGGCAUGACCGGAUGCCUGAGCUGAGACAGGACGAUUUCGUGUACUCUGUCCUCGCGCAUGGUCCAAAGCAGCGUGCCGAGGUUACCUGGCCUCCCUUCCCCGCCAAAGCUGACAGAAGCCCUCCGAAGCCUCAUUCGCCGAGGCAGGAGGCGCUGCGUCGAGGAGGCGCUGCGCAACUCAGCACGGUUUCAAUCCAAUGCUGCCAAGCACUUCUUGACACAAGAGCCAAUGUGGCCGAGGCAACCCUGACCUCAGCCUUGAGGCGGGGACUGGGCUUGGCGGCUGCCGAGCGCCCCCUGAUGGAAGCACUGGUGCAGACGCCAUCUGCCCAGCUCUCCUGGCCACUGGUUGCUGCGUCCGCUGCCAACUGCCCGGCUGCAGUCACCUGGCCCAAGGGGCGCGAAGAGCCAAAGUAUUUGCAGCUGUUGCCGCAGGGCGCUGAUGAUACAGAUGGCCUCGCCUUCACUGCAGCUGCCAGCUCGGAGGAAUGCCUUCCGAUGCUCCUGGAGGAUGGAGCUGUGGACGAGAAGGUCAGCUUGCUGGAGGCCUGGUUGCUGCAGCUGCAGGCAAUGCCCGGAUAUCUCCCGCUGGCUUCAAUCUGCAUCAAACAAGAGCAGCAAAGCCAAUUGGUGCUUAGCUUUCGGACCUUCAAGUGCACACGAUCUGCCAGUGCCAAAGGCCUUCUUGAAGGAGAUCAGCAGGCCAGCUGGCAGAACCUGCUGAAGCCCGCAGAGGUCACAAGUGUGUCCCUUAAAUGGGCAGAGACGCUAGCAGAAGCGCAACGAGAGCUGCGAUUUCUUGAGGACGACCUUUCUGGACAGGCUGCCAUCCUUGGAGUUGACGUCGAAUGUUAUGCUGAUGUGGUUUGCACGAUUCAACUGGCAACGGCAAAGCGAACUAUUGUCCUAGAUGCUUUGCAGCUGCACAACCACAUGGCAGACUUGGUGGGCCAAAUCUUUUCGAAUGGAUCCGUCCUCAAACUCUUCCACGCUCCGCGCAACGAUUUGCGAUGGUUAUGGGCAAACUUUGGAAUCCAAGUGGUGAACAUGUUUGAUACCUACACUGCAGCUUGGCUGGUGGAAGAUGCGAGCCAAGAGGACAAGCCUGCUGAACGUGGCCGCAGCAGCCUCAAGGGACUCUGCCAGCGAUUUCUCCAGAUCGAGUUGGACAAAACCCACCAGCGCUCAGACUGGCGCCUGAGGCCUCUGCCAGAGGAGAUGCUGCGCUAUGCUGCGCGGGACGCAGAGGUGCUGCUCCCCUUGGCCAAGCGACUGGCAAGCAUGGCGGACAGUGCUGGCAUGCUUGAGGAAUGCCGGCAGUCGUGUCGCAAGCAGCAGGCAGAUGUGCUUGGUGGGGAAGGCAUAUCAGUCGAACUGCUUGACAGCCAGACGAUGGACGCUUAG